ACAACCACUUCUCGGAAGCGUCGGAGUCGGCGAUAACCUUCGCCGUCCUCUUCCAUCACAUCAUCAAGACCGGCCUACUAAAGUAACAAGCUCCGAUGGAGCUCGAUCCUCGGCUUGGCGCAACUGGCGAUAGAGCCUCAGCAUUAGCAAAUUUCGGCGCGGAGGCAACCUCCAGACCAUCGCCGGUCCAUCAUGUCCCUCAUGGCAAUAGUGCUCUGAUACCAGUCCACGACGUACAGGAUGAUCACAACAGUGCCGAGAACACCCCCAGCGCAUCGACCGAAAACCGAGAUACGCCACAACAUCAAAAUCAACAGCUUCAAGAUGCCGAACACGAUGGAGAUGGAAUCGAUCCGAAGCGACCGAGGGCCUGUGAGGCAUGUCGUGGGCUCAAGGUGCGCUGCGAACCGGAUCCCAAUGACGAGGGGCCUUGUAAGAGGUGCCGGAAGGCUGGAAGGAAUUGCGUCGUGACAAUGCCCACGCGAAAGCGCCAGAAGAAGACGGACAGCAGAGUGGCUGAGCUGGAAAAGAAAAUUGAUGCCUUGACAGCGAGCUUGCAAGCAAGAGCGGCACCUGGAGGAGGCCAAGCGCAUACGCAAAGCCAAGGUCACGGCUUGGGAGAGUCUCCUGGAAAUGUUGCGCCGAAACCACCCAACGAAUCCAACACAGCCGUUUCUUCUUACAAUAACAUGAAAUGGCGAAAUCCCGCGCAAACCCCUGCAUGGGGAUCGUUUUCAUCGACACAAUCCCCAAUGCCGUCGAUGCCGACCGCGGAACAAACAACAGACCGCGCAUCCCCAGCCCAGUCCACGGCAGCACUAGCUACAGCAGUCACUGGGCAAAAGAGGAAGUUUACAGAUGGCCGCGAAGGCUCGUCUGAACAGCUUGCUACUGAGGAAACACCAGCCGAAGCUCUGGCGGCUUAUCUCACAAGGGCAAAGGGUGGUGAUAUCGUUGACCGUGGUGUUAUCACGAUGGAGAAAGCUGCUGAGUUAUUUGCUCGCUACAAUGACCAUAUGAUUUCACACCUGCCGGCUAUUAUCUUCCAACCUGGUUUCACGGCAUCCGAGCUCAGAAAAACAAAACCUAUACUGUUUCUGGCUAUCAUGGCAGUAGCCUCUGCUGAGUCGCCCAUCCUUCAGAAGGUGCUUCAAAAAGAGAUGAAGCUCACAUUCGCCGAAAAGGUGAUGCUUUCGGGCGAGAAAGGCUUAGAGCUAGUGCAAGCACUCAAUGUAGCUGUGAUCUGGUAUUGGCCACCAGAACAUUUUGAGGAGCUGAAGUUUUAUCAGUUGGUCCACACGGCGGCUGUUAUGGCCAUCGAUAUUGGACUCGGCCAGAAAAUGAAGCAGCGCCGUGGAAUAGUCGUGCCUGAUACCUGGCGUCCUAACCCAAGUACCGGACCAGGUGGCCAGAGCCGUCGAUGGGCACCCCCUGAUCCAACAAGCAUAGAGAGUCGCCGUACAUGGCUGACAUGCUAUUUCCUGGCAACCAACACUUCCAUGGCGCUUCAUCGACCGAAUCUCAUCCGAUGGACCCCCUUUAUGGAAGAGAGUCUUCAUCUUUUGCAGUCGUCGCCAAACGCUGCGCCAACAGAUGCUUACUUCUGCCAUCUGGUCUGGACACAUCACCUUUCUGAGCAAGUUAAUGUGCAGUUUUCUCUCGACGACCCAACAUUUGACGUCCAUAUCUCAGAAACGAGAACACAAUAUAUUCUCAAAGGCCUUGAAAAAGACCUAAAACGGUACAGAGAGAAGGUCCCCCCUGAGUUGCUGCAACCAACGCUUCUGAUAAGUUUCGGCGUCCUCAACUUGUACAUGCAUGAGAUGGCGUUGCAGGCUCGUACAAGUGAACCUCUGCGACCUCCAUUCUCAACAAGCUCUCUACAGGAAGGGCUUGUAGGGGGGGAUAGACUAUCCCCAGCACACAUCAGUGCUAUAUCCGUAUGCCUCGGUUCUAUCAAAGAAAUGCUUGGCACAUUUCUGGCCAUGGAUGUUUUCAGUAUACGCUGCUUACCUGUGUUCAACUUUGUCCGGGUUGCAUAUGCCGUCGUUAUGCUCAUCAAGCUCUACUUCUCAGCCUCAGCAGCAGGCUCAGAGCUAGGCCGCGUUAUUGAUAAGGAAGAUAUGCAAGUCGGAAAAUAUCUUGACAACCUGCUUGACAAGUUCCGCGCAACUGCAGCGGAGGAUAGUUGUCGUCCAGCAGCCAAGUUCCUCGUGGUACUUGUUAUGCUUCGUAGCUGGUUUUAUAGACAAGCUGAGUCGGAGGCCAAAGAAUCGAAGCCUGGUCCAACAGCUUCUGCGAUAACACAAUCUCCUUCGCAGGCACAACAACAGCCUCCGCAACCUGCCAAUACUUCGGCGCCACAACCUUCUGACCACGCAUCUACGGCCAACACUCCACUUCAACUCCUUUCGGAAGUUGCUACCGGAGCGGGCUCCCGAACCCGUGACUCUUCAGCUAGCAGGCCAUCGAUGGUUGGAUGGGGCUCAAACAUGCCGCAGCCUCCGCAGCCCUUCUUCCAUGACACCCCCGACAACAAUUCAAGCUCUACCGCCUCCAUGCCCUACCACAACGAGCCAUUUCCCGCAGAUUUGGCUGCUGCAAUGGCGCCCGCAAUGCCAUCACUACCCCCCACAGCGGAUGGGAUGGGCGGCUAUAACUCUGGAGAUCUUCUUGACUUUGCAGGCUGGGAUCUGGAAGGCAUGGGCAUGGGCAUGGGGUCGCAGGGGAUGUGGGAAGAUGGGAUGCGUAUUUUCCUCGAGGAGCCCUGGUUUAACACGAUGUUCCAAGGCAACCCCCCAGUUGGCAACAACGCCAUGAACUUCUGAUACCCUCCCAUAAGCCAUCCCUGCUGACAAAAAUAGAUAUUGGUGGCUUAUCUUUUACAUUGUCAAUUUAGACUUUGACUGUAUAUCUAAGCAGCCACGUCAGACAUCGCUUGGCUUUCUGCAUAAGUACCCCUCAGGGAGCAAGAAAGCGUCUGACCUAGAGGCUAGGUACCAAAAUUAACCAGCCUAAGGUCCACUGAACCUACACUAAGCUUACCCUAGUCUUUUUGUCACUCAUGAUAGACGUCUUGAGUUUUCUUGCCUCACUUCGGUACUCAAUCAAGAUGCCCCAAGCCUGGAUGCUUGCGUCUCGAACAGUCGGCUCACGGAACGCACCCCCCGAUCUGCACAUGGGCUGCAGCUUCAAAUGUAUGUUUUAGGUGCAUUGGCGCCAUUAUAGAUUUGCAUGUACUCGAAGCGGUGUGAGCAUUACUUGUCAGUUCUCUGAGAGAAGAACGAAUUUACUAAAACAUUAUUCAUAUGCUUUUUAGCCGGGAGUCUGGACUAUGUAUUAAUGAGAUUAUGGACUAUCAAUUACACACUUCUUAUGAAGCUGGAGACAUAAGUUCUACCGGAUGGAGGAUUUUGUAUUCGAUACAUUGAUUUGACCGUAUGGCCCCUUUUACGAAAUCCUGAUACUACAUGAUCUUGCGGUUUAAUAAGCUUGCUCAAGUCACGAGUCCUUCGGAAGGACGCUUUAAUUAUGAUAAGACCAAUUCCAUUCAUUCUAGCUGUGGUCUAUCACAUCAUUGACACUGAACGCCCCGGCUGUCAUCUGCUUCCAGUUCCAUAAUCCUAUGUUCUUAGGUCCCCGCCCGUGGUGGUAAAAGCAUCACCGUGUCCCUCGAUGUUCCCAGGCUCGGAAGCGUCGACAGCCCCUAUCCUCUUCGUGCACCAUUUCCACCAGGUUCCUAGUUACAAAUAUUGGCAUACCUGUGCUCAUAAAACGAAGCCAUAACGCCAACAACUGAUCAAGUUCAAAUAUUCCCUAUGCUCGCUCUUGUCGUGAUUUAUAAUUCGAAGUUCCCCUCCCACCGUCCUUCAAUGUCUUGUUUCAAAAUAACCUGUUACCGCUCCUUAUACGCCUUUUGAGUGUUUGAUACAGCUUUGCAUGUUUUGUGGCCAAUUUCGCAUUUUCCGUAGAUCCCGCUAGAAAAAGUUCGUUGCAAAACACCAAAAGCAUAAAACAAAUUAGAAAGCCACGUUUUCAGCGGCAGAUCUCCUUCAAGGGAUAUUUGCUGAAAAUGGCAAACCAUGUCAGGAACAACAUUGCGCAGUGCAGCUGGAAUUUAAAAGGAAGCAUACGGCUAUUGGGAGCGCCGGACAAUUGUGGCAAGGUGGGCGAAUCGUCAUUGUUGGUGUCAUCAUCGUCGUCGUUAUCAUCUUCAAGUGAACAUGUAUCUGAGGCGUGGAUGCUUUCAGUCCAUGUAGAAGUCACCCUUCAAAAUUCUCUCCUGAAAGGCAUCAGGCUUUGGUCUUUCAGGCUGUCUGGGCGGCUGCUUGACAGAAGAAGCCUGGGCAGGAGGCUGCGGCAUCUCAGAAACAGAUUUCGCCCGGUCGUGAAUGGAGCCCCGGGGUGGGGAGGAGGAGGCGAGCGAGAAGGAAGCCCGAGGAGCACCGAUGACGGAACUCUCGGCACGAGACCUAAGCUGCUCGGACCAGUUGAAACCUUGCUGGUCUGGGCGCGAAAUAUAAUUGUCAGAUGUGGCUCUUGGGUUUUUGGUGUUGCUUGCCUGUGUGACAGAAGAAGCGAGGCUGGGGCGACGUCCGGCAGACAAAGCUGCCGCGAGGCUUGACCCUUGGCUGGGGGAGCCAACGAGCGACGCCUUCCGACCACUUGGGACGGGGCGCCCGUUUUGAGAAGUAGGAGGAGAGGAUGGGUUAUUACCAUUGCCAGGGCUUCCAUUUGGGCGAAUGUUGCGCAUGUUCGAAGUGCCAAAGCUCAUUCGUCGAACGAAUGGUGUUGUGGGUGCAGUCUUGGAGUACAUGUCGUCAUCGUCGAUGGCAUUCUCAUCAAUAGAGUCUGAGUUGUUGGAGUUUGUCGACAUGCUGCCUCGACGAAUGAAAGAGGUGUUGGUGGGCGAAGUGCCCGAAAGACCAAGUGUGGUAACGGAGAGACGUCGACGACCAGUGUCAACUGGACCCGAGGACUGAUUUGGAAAGCCGUUGCCGUUGGGAACUGAGUUCCCUCUUUGAAAGAGAUUGGUCAAUGCGGCCUGGGUGAUUGAUCCUCGUCUGUUGCGUGUGUACAUUUCGGCGUUGGUGUUAUUGUUGGGGGGUGCUGUGUCUGUAGACAUGAUGGGCGACUAAAGACGACGGCUGCCGUCGGUAGUUAUAGUUUUGAAAAUGUUGUGAUAUGGGGAGAUAUGCGAGGUAAUGGCGCCAGAGUGGUUCGAGAAUGGCAGCAACAGCGUUUCACGUGAAUUUGAUGGUGGGAUGGUGCUUAGAUAGUUGUGGGCUGCCGAGAGCGUUUUCUAUGAGGCGAACAAUCCUAAAAAUGAGAACAAAGAAGCCGCGAUAGAUGGAGUAAAGGGGGGAAGAGAGAGAAGAAGAAAGAGUUUAGAAAACCGAGAUGGGAACGGGGGGGGACCGAGGGUUGAUAAGGACGGACAGUGAUGGGUUGGUGAAGAGGACGAAAUGGGGGUCAAUCAACUCUAAAACAGGGGAGAAGAGACAGCUGGUUAGCGAUGAGAGAUCGCCGUUGCCGGUUUGGGUAAAAGGCAACCUUUAGGUCAACGUUGGAGGGGAAAUCGGCAGUCAGCGGCAACUUGAGAAUCGAGCGAGACCGGCGCAACACCAUACCCAAGGUAUCAACCAGUGUUAGUCUACGUAGG